GGAAGUGCCUAUGACUGAAGGUGCUUGCUGUACUGUGACACAUUUUUCUCUUUGGUCUUUUACCAACUCAAACAAGAUCGGCCAUUAAGGUUGAAGUUAUAUACUGGUAGCAGACGAAGUUAUAUACUGGUAGCAGACAUAGCUGUGCAUCUAUCACUAGGCUCAAUUGAAGAGCCUAUGACUAUUAAGAUGUUGCAUUCCACUGCAACAUGUUUUUGCUUUGGUCUUUUACCAACUCAAGCAAGAUUGGCAUACUUUAUCAUGUGCUAAGGUCCAUAUUAUCAUGUUCAUUGCAAUGUGAUGAAUUCAGGUGUUAGAUUUUUCCACCUGCAAUUCAGGUGGUGGUACCAGUAGACCUGCUGAUAUAAGAUGCUAGUUCUUGAACUGUGUAUUAUGAUGAUUGUAAAUUUGUCAUGCCACGUCUGUUGAGAGUCGAGUUAUCCAUUGCUUUCUCAUCCACUGCUUAGCUGUUCAUGUACUUCGAGGAUCUAUGAAAAUGCUUUGAAACAUGUUUUUUUUUACAGGUUGAUCUGAUGUUGCAGAGUCAUCAUCAAAAUGCUGGGCCCUUGCUAUCAGACAAUGAGGCUGUAAUAGUUAAUGUAGGCAAUCUAUCUCUCAUCAAAGUUGAAAUGCUUUUCUUCUUGGUAUUGUCUACAUGUCACGCAGUUAUCCUAUCCCUAUCACAGAAAAUUUCAGAUACCUUUGUUAUUCUGGUAGAUGUUUCACUUCUCUGAAGUCUGAACUGUUGAGUUCUAGUUGUUGUUGAGGCUACCGGUAGCUAAGUUCAGCCAGACAUUGUUUGUUUGUUAUUCGAUACAUGCUAUGUUAGUAUGAUAAUUUGAUGUGGCAAUAUCGAACUUACGUGCAGUCAGAGGUGACAUAACAGCCGAGUGCCUUCUAUCAUGUAUGACAGGAAGUGACUUUGAAAUAUGUUGAUUUCUGCUUAUGACGCCGAAGAUGCUAAAUACUAGUAUUUUGUCAUGGACAUUCUGUAUUCACUAUCUGUAAUUUCUGUUAUUGCAUCUUGGUAUCCUAACCAGAAACCUUUCUUUGCCAAGGGCCCUGUUAAUCCAGGUCGCAUUACAGUAGAAGCUGUGAGUGCCCAGAUCGACAUGCUUGUGGGAAUACAGAUCUCUGCCCAUGGAAGCUGUUUCACAUGCUUGUGUCUGCCUGCUGCUAGGGCUGGUCUGAAUGUCUGAAACAGCAUGAAGCCUGUGGGUCUGUGUGGAACCCGCAGCCUCUUCCCGGGCCAAUUUUGUUUGUUGACGUGGUUUAAUGUUGGGCUGAAACAUAAUGCUGGGCCUGGCCGAAAUUAGACACACUGGGGCUCCCCAGUUUUCUGUGGAGCGAAGUUUUCUGUGGACCGGACCAGCUGCCUAUAAAAUGGUGGGUGGACUCACACGGCCGCGUAGCACUCCGUCUCCAAUUUCUCAAAAAAAAAAAGGAAAGAAAAAAGAGCACUCCGUCUCCGCCCCCAAACUACUCGGCCUCGCCGUUAACGCCAUUCCCGCCGUUCGCCGGCGUUCAGCUCCGCCCCACCCGAAUCGAGUCUACGCGAUGGGGAAGGAGAAGGGAGCAAGGGCGGCAGGGAUGGACAACAGCCUGGGCAAAGCCCCGCGCCUGGAGCCCACGGAUCCUAUACGCGGCGACGCGGAGGAGGGUGUGAUCAGGGACGCUAGCGAAGAGUGCGAGCACUUCCACUUUGAUACAAUGGAGAUGCAUGAGUUCUUAAAAAAGAUCAAGUCCUUGAAGCGCCACCCAGAGUGCAUGGCUUGCAAGCUCGAUACCACCGGUGGACAGCUGACGUUCAAGAAAUCCGAGUCUCGUUUUGUGAUGUGCUCGGGCUGCAGCCAGUAUUUCUGUGCCGGAUUAGUGACCAAUGUGGAUCGGCCCAUGGGCCACGCACAGCACCACAGGUGUCACCAGCAUCCGGUUGUUCUGUGGACAGAUCAACCCGAUGCUGCUUACUGCUUUCAGUGUCAAGGCAGCUUGGACCUCAAUAUGAUUGCCUCAGCGGCACGUGCUCAUGUGCCCUAUAUUGUCAGAGGGAUACCAAAUUAUGGGAACACAUGCUUUGUGAAUGCCUUGGUGCAGUGCUUCCUUGCACUUGAUAAGUUGCGGAUGUUGAUGUUUGAACCUAAUGCUCUGGCGGGGUCUCUUGGUGUGGCACUGAAGGACUUCUUUGUGGAGACAAUGGCUGGGAAUGAUGCAGGGGUAACACUGAACCCAGGUAGACUCUUGGGCAGUUUAGGCACAUUGAAAAAGAAGUACAAAGACCGUACUCAGGACGACAGCCAUGAAUUGCUUAUCUAUCUGCGUGAUGGUUUGAAUGCUGAGGAGUUGCGGAAGAGGCCUCCUGACAUGCCAAAGGGCGUUCCCACAGUUGUUGAUUCCAUUUUCCAGGGUCAGUUGUCUGAAACCUUGACUUGCAAAUGUUGCUCGAAACAGUCGCCUAGGCCAGUAGAACCAUUCUAUGACCUCUCGUUGAAACUGCCACCAAAAGGGCAUCCAACGAAAAGUAUUGCACCACCAAGGAGGAGCAGAAGGGAAAGAAAAGAUAUUAAAGACCUAUUUCAGCAAAUUUGGAAGGAUGAACAUAAGGUAGACUGUCUUCCAUCAAUUGAGGAGUGCAUGGAAUAUUAUUUUAGAAAAGAGGAGGUGAUAAGGAACUGUGAUAGCUGUAUGAAGGAUGGGGAGCCAAGCACCAGCCAAAGUAAAGAUGGUGGGCAGAUGGUGGCAAGCAUCAAUGAAAGCACAUCAGUUGACUGGGACCAAACUGAACGUUACCAUCAUGGAAAAGCAGAGGAAAACCGCGAUCUGUUCAGUGCCAAUGAUAACCAAUAUGCCAGCACACAACAUCAGUACACAAGGAUGCAAAUAGAGCUGGAAAAUACUGCACACCAAGUGGGACAAUCCCCAAAUAAGCAGAAAGGAAGACAAGCAGAUAAAGCUAUUGUUCUCAGCAUGCUGCCACCUGUACUAACUCUCCAUGUGGCGAGAUUUGUGGACAAGGAAAAGAGACUAGGACAUUUGAAAUUUGAGGAAAAUCUUGAUGUAGGAGAAUAUGUGGACCCCAGGUCUGAGGACAAAAAAGAUGCCAGAUAUCGUCUAGUUGGUGUCAUUGAGCACAUUGGGAACUCCUUGAAGAAGGGCCACUAUGUCGCUUAUGUGAGAGGAAGCAGGACUGGAAGUAAGCAGCAGAGCAGUGGGUCUUCCACAUGGUUUCAUGCAGACGACUCGAUCAUUAGGGAAGUCUCGCUAGCCAAUGUUCUCAUGUGCGAGGCCUACCUACUUUUCUACGAGAGGAUAGAAGAUUGAGACAUGUAUAGCAGUAUGUCCAAUUACUCAGAAGAGCAAUCACAGGGGAUUAGCGAACAUGCUUUGGUUUGGCCAAGGAUCCAGCCAGUCAGUUUGCACAGUAUCAUUGAGAUUCUUGUUCAAGUUCAUUCGUGUUGCUUUUGCUCUGAGGCAUCGUGGUGCAUCUGACCAACCCCAGCUUGUACCCCAGUUGGGGAGAUUAUAGCUCAUCUGGUCAUGCAUAUUGAUAGUCGCCUUUUGUUCUUUUGUUAGUGGUGUAACUAGGAAGAGAGUAGGAAUGCUGUGAUAAACGAGCCUUGGGCUUCGUUUUGUUGGAUGGUACUGAAUCUUACAUGCUGAUGCUUCACAUCUAGUGACGUGCGGAACCGCCUGUUCUUUAUUUUGUGGCUCCAGCAAGCAUCAGUUGAUUGGUUGUGGAAGCUUUUCCCUGUUUUGUGUUUCU